AUUACUAAUUAUCAUUUGCUUAAUGUUCAACAGAUCUGCCCACUUUGCUUCAAAGCGCCUCUCAACUCUCAGCAAAGCUGCAUUCAGUUCUUGCGGAGGAAGAGAUGUUGGCUUCAUCGGCCUCGGAAACAUGGGAAUCCACAUGGUCAGACACUGCAUCAACAAUGGAAACAACCUCACUGUGUUCGAUGUCAACGAGAAAGUCCUCCAACAAGCAGAACAGAUGGGAGCCAAAGUGGCCACCAGUGUCAAAGAAGUCGCUCAAGGACGAGAUGUCGUCAUGACAAUUGUCCCCAACACCGAGAUUGUCCAAGAACUCAGACUCGGAACUGACGGAAUUUUUGAGAACGCAAGGGAAGGAGCACUCAUCAUCGACUCUAGUACAAUAUCGCCAACAGCAUCUGCAGAAAUGUCGGAGCACGGAGAAAAGAUCGGACUCAGAGUCGUGGACGCCCCUGUGUGUGGAGCUCAGCCAGGAGCCAUGGCAGGAACUCUCACAUUCUUGGUCGGGUGCAAAGACGAAUACUUCGAAGACUGCAAGUCAUUUCUUCCAUCAAUGGGUAAGAAGAUCUACCACACAGGAGCCCCAGGAACAGGACAAGUAGCAAAGAUUUGCAACAAUUUGAUGUUGGCAAUUCAGAUGGUCGCAGUUUCGGAGGGGAUAUCUCUUGGAGAGAAGUUAGGACUUGACCCAAAGAUCUUAGAGCAAGUAAUAGGAGAUAGUACAGCUGCUUGUUGGGCAAUGAAUUUAUACAAUCCAAAACCAGGAGUAAAAGAGAACGUUCCUUCUGCAAAUGAGUACAAUGGAGGAUUCGCAACUUCCUUAAUGAAGAAAGACUUGAAUCUAGCUCUUGAUGGGGCAUCAAGUGUUGACUUACACCUAGGAUUUGUUUCAAAAGCAAAAGAGUACCUAACAGAAGUAGAAAAACUCGGAAAGGGAGAGAAAGAUUUUGGAUAUGUUUACCAAUAUGUCAAGGACUUGAAGUCCUAACUCCAAGCUGUUAACGUGGCAGUAAUAACAAGAAAGGCCGAUAAAUC